AUGGCACCCGGCGCUCUCCAGGUCGUUGAGGACAUUGUCUUUUCGGAGCCGGCGCCCGAGCAGCGCUGGUCAGAGCCGGUCGCAUUCGGCGGCGAUGACCAGUGGCUGUUCGAUCCCAAAACGAGGCGCUUUGAUCUCAGCAGAGGCUCUCAGAGGAAGCUGGCCAUUGACGCCGACGACGGCGUUCGUCACCAUCGCGGAUGCAUUAUCGACCCGGCCAACACGGUCCUCGUGGUCAUUGACAUGCAGAACUUCUUCAUCCAUCCGCUCUUCCACAAGCAUGUGGCUGGACUUGCGGCUGUUGAGCCCACUAUCAAGGUGAUUGAGCGUUGCAGAAGAGAAGGAAUCCAGGUGGCCUGGCUCAACUGGGGCCUUGACGAGCAUGAUCUUCGCAUCAUGCCCCCGGCGGUCCAGAGAGGCUUCUGCCACACCAUCGCAAAGACUCGCGGCUACGGAUGGCACACGCGCCUUGGCGUCGACAUGGGCGACGGAUACGGCCGCUGUCUGUUCAAGGGAACCUGGAACGCCGAACUCUACGAGCCGCUGAAGGCGGUGGUUGCUGGGGACGAUCUCUUCUUCGACAAGAACCGCAUGAGCGGCAUGUGGUCUCCGGACGAGCCUCUUCACCGGUACCUUCGCGAGAGCGGGAAGAAGACGAUCCUUUUCGCGGGGGUGAAUACCGACCAGUGUGUGUUCGGAACCGUUUCGGACUCGUACUCUUGGGGCUUCGACUGCAUUCUGCUUAGCGACUGCACCGGAACGAUGACCGGGCCCGAGGCCCAGAUGGUCAGCGACUACAACAUUGCCACCAACAUGGGAUUCGUGACGGACAGCAAGUCGUUCUUGGCUGCCGAGAAGCACUGA